AAAUAGGCAGCAACCCAGACUCUGGCCCGCCACCUAGUGGCCAGGAAAAAUACUGGCCCACGGCCCAAGUUACUUACCGACCCCUGCCAUAGAGCAAGCUAAAGUGACGCAAAACGCCGCGCCCACUCAGACAUGCAGAAACUGUCACACUUUUUGUUAGUAACCCAGGUACUUCUUUUACACACUUUUAUGUCACCAAGUAACCCAAGUACUUAUUUUACGUCCCCAAGUUACUGUCCCACAUAUCAGACAACUAGCAAGUUUUAAUCAAGAUGGUGUUUUAUAUAACGAGAAAUGCUGUAGUAUUAUUUAUAAAUCUAAGUUAGUUGAAGACACACUGUACGCUACUUUUCUCUAUUAUAGGCAACUAGCAAUAAUUAUUUCCAGUAGGCUAUGUGUAGCGUAUUGCAGAUGCAUAGCCUAAAGUUCGGGUAACUAAUUAAAUAUUAACGACAGCUUUCGCUCACAGUUCGUUCACCAUUAACUUAUGUACCAAUACAAAUUUGCGGAGGGGAAUAAGGCGAGUCCUUGGACUGUAGCUCUGCAACCCUAGAGCCGUCCUCGGACAGAGUUGGACGGGUGGACCUUGCUGUUGUGGCACGAUUGUUUCGGCUACCCUCCAUGUUGUUGUUCUUUAGGCUAUUUGUUUUGAAAUGAAGAUUCUUGAUCAGGACGAGCUGAGGACCGCAGAGCAGGUCCUGCGGUGUUAUUUGCCUAAAAGUUCCAAGGUGUAUGGAUUUCUCUUUGGUAUGAACCGAAAUAAGCCAUGCACACUGGAGGUCGCUGUAGACUCCUGGCCUGACUUCAAAAGCAUUAUAUUCCGACCUGACCAAAAGAAUGAGCAUGUGUCUGACUACAUGAAGAAGGUGACUUUAUUCUGUACAGACGUGCAAGUCUUGAAAAGAAUGAUAUUGGAAGAGAAUGCAAUUGACUGGACUACAUACUUUUUGAUUGGAGGGUUCAAUAUUUCCCUUGCACCCAUGCUAAAGGAAGUUGCGGCCUCUAGAGGAGUGAAUGUAAGAGGCUUCACUUUGGUUCAUCUCAUGAGCUUAUCUGACCCAUGUGACUUACCUGAGCUACCUGACAACAGCAGCAUUGUCACCAGGAUAUGUUCUCUAAAUGAAUCACACAUCGAUAUAGUAAACAAGACGUGGAAAUUUGGAGGAAACGAAAAGGGAUACAACAACAUUAAAAACCUGAUCAGCCACUUCCCAAGCUGUUGCAUCGCGGAUGAAACCGGCCAGCCUGUGUCAUGGGUGCUUGUGUACGACUACUGUGCACUUGGCCUGCUGUACACACUGCCAGAGCACCGAGGGAAAGGCUACGCAAAGACCCUGAUCACCGUUAUGUCAAAGAAACUUCAUGCUCAGGGAUAUCCUGUUUACUGCUUCAUAGAGGAAGAGAAUGACAUCUCCUUCAGGCUCUUUAAGAGCCUGGGAUUCACAGAGGACCCGUCCUACAGGGCAGCCUGGUUUGAGUUUAAUUAUUAGGCACUAUUAUUGGUUUUCCGCAUGAGUCAACAGAUAAAUGUCACACAGCACCACAAAGUCUGGCCCGAAAAAGAAAAUAAAAGGAAUAGAAAAUGAA